GUUGCCGACGACAGUGUGUGUGUUUAUAUUGGAUCCAGUCUGAAACACACACACACACACACACACACACAUUGACUCGGUGUAUUCGGAAUCAAUGUGUUUUAGUGGAUUGCGCGCUAAUUUGUUUUUUUUUUGAAUUUUCUUUCAAAAAAAAAAAUCUGUUUUUUCUUGUGUUUAUUCAAUCCAUUCUGUUAUUAAUUGAUUGAUUAUUGUUGAUGGAGUGUGCCAUUUUUACCUGAUGAUUUUCAAAUAUUUAUGAAAUAAUGGAAUCCAUUCAUCGAUAAAAGUUAAUGUGUGUAAAAAUAACGACCAACCAAUCUUUCCAGAUUCCUAAACCCAAAUACAUCCAUUUUUUUGAGACAAACAAAACACCCAAAGAACCAUCAUGACCACAGCAGCAUUAAUGCUUGCUCCGGCCAAAUCAUUGGUAUCGCCAAGCCCACCACCAAUACCACCCACAUCAACCUCUGAACAUAAUCAUCAUCAUCAUCAUCAUCAUUCGCUUCGACAUCAUCAUCUCAACCAUCAUAGUCAUCAUCAUAAUUCUUUUGUUGGUAACAUUAAUGGUAGUUCCACAUUACUGCCUGUUGAUACAUCUAUAACGGAUCCAUCAGCGACCAUAUCGAAUUCGGAAUCCACCCCUACUACAUCAUCAUUAACGACGACGAGUGACAGUAAUAAUAUUGAUAAUCAAACGAUAAUAUCGAAACGUGCUGUUGGCUCCGGUAGUGAUACUGGUUGUGAUACUGUCGUCACUACAACCGAUCAUAGUCGUUCAUCGCCAUCACCGUCACAAAUUAAAUCAUCACCGCUAUCAAGAUCAUCAUCACCGUCAGCAGCAAAAUUAUCAUCAUCACUCGAUUCAUGCUCAUCAUAUUUAUCUUCGUUGUCAUCGUCGACAAAUUCUUCUCCAUCGACAACAUCAACAUCAAUAACUACGACGACGACGACAACAACAACAACGACAACGACGUCAGCAACAACCACCCCGGUUUCAGUGACUAUGGCACCCAAUUCGUCACCAUCAUCACCACCACCACCAUCAUCAACAUCAACGAACAUCAUCAAUGGUCAUCAUCAUGAAUAUCAGCAAAACAAUCCACAUCGGACAUCACCAUCGAUCGCUCAUGUUAAUGGUAAUCAUCAUCCCUAUUAUUCAAAUCAUGUCGAUCCUAUGGAUCCAUCAGCAAUUACACGUUUGGCUCACACGAAUUCAGUAGUAAUGACGACAACGGCAACCAUAACAACAACAACAACAAAAACAACAUCCACGGUACAACCGAAAACCACCUCACGAUAUCCAAGCGAAUCAUCUACAACCUCAUCCACAUCAUCCGCUUAUUCGGAAGAAGACGACGUUGAACUCAUGGAUUUAUCAUUGUCUGAUAUCCAUCAUCAUUCUCGUUUAGUUGAUCAAAAAAUUUCGACUACAACUACAACCGGAACUGACAAUGACGAUUUGAUUGUCGAUGUUGUUGAUGAUCAACAUGAUCAAGAAGAUGAUGAAAGCUAUUGUAAUUCUGGGGUACCUUUAGAUUUAAGUUUACCGAAAAAAGGACGAAAACGAUCAUCCUAUUCAAACACAUUGGAACCAUGUACAUUACAAACAACAAAAAAUAAGAAACAACAUUCAUCAUCAUCAACAGGUUCAUCAACUGAAGAGGAUGAAGAAACUAGUUCAUUACUAUCAUCAACAUCAUCAUCAUCGUCAUCAUCAUUAUCGAAUCAUCAUAAACAUCAUCGUUCCAAAUCGGUUACCGGUGAUGGUUGUUCCGGUAUAGUUGCAAAUGAUGUUAUAGCUAAUUCAAAACCAAGCUAUAAAAAAUCAUUGAUAAGAAGAUAUUUUGAUGGAUGUGAACCAAGUUCUUCGGAAUUGGCUAGUUCCUCAUCAAAUUCUUUAUCACCGUCAUCCACUUCAUCAUCACCAUCAUCAUCAUCAUCGACGACUACGGCAGUAGCUGUGACUAAAUCCAAUUCAUCAUCAUCAACAUCGACAACAAAUAUCAAUAAACAAAAUCUGGUCGUUCUGAAUGGUUCAAGUGGAUCGUCAUCAUCAUCAACAUCGACAGCGGCAACCGCUGCCACAACGAAUCUAUUACAAAAUAUACUUCAACAACAUCAUCAACAUGCAUCUGGUACACAUCAUUCUGGCCAUCAUAGUGGCCACCAUCAUCCUCAUCAUUUACAUCAUUUGAGUCAUCAAUUACAUCAUCAUCAAACAAUAUCAAAUAAUCGUUGGUCACCUACAAAUCGUCAUCAUACGGCAACGACAUCAUCAUCAACAUCAGGGGCAACACCUACAACCAAUAGUCCAUUACCACCAUCACCUGCUGAUUCUGGCGUUAGCGAUGUAGAUUCCCAUUACAGUUCGAAUGAUGAACAAAAUCAUCACCAUCAUCAUCAACAACAGCAACAACAAUCGUAUCAACAGAGUCCAUUUUAUUAUGGACAACCACGGUCUCAACAACAAAAAUUCUUCUGCCGUGGCUGCUGCUUCCACUUCUGGAGGCACAGCAUCAGCAUCCGGCAAUUCUGGGCCAACUAGUUCGACGCAAUAUUCUGAUGGUCCAUUAACGUUACAUUCACCCAUUUCUGGUCAUCUUCAAACUCGAUUCAAUGGUUUUACUCAUCCAUCAACAAAUGGA